UCUUCCGAAUGCUUGCGCGGUCAUCUUAAAGCACCACGCUGCCAAGAACAAACAUGAGAAGUGAGCUCAUGAAGACACAUCCUCUUGUUUUGGGCAGGGCGAAAAAACAUGACACUGUGUCUCAAAUGACAGCGCAACACAAACCCCAGUGAGUGAAAGCGGCAAUCUCACGCUGUGAUCGAGGGAGUCGGUGCUCGAUUGCUCUGGUCUGACGUGAAGAUGGCAGAAUCGGAGUAUAAUGUUUCAGUUCCUCACUUGAACUCCCUUCUACAAAUGGAUCCUUACCUCAAACCCUUUGAAAACGACUUACAGAGGAGGUAUGGGCUGUUUAAGAAGCAGCUCACACUCCUUGAGGAGGCCGAAGGAGGCUUUGAUCAGUUCACACGCAGCUAUAAGAGUUACGGAGUACAGCGGAUGCCAGACAACAACCUCGUCUUUAAGGAGUGGGCCCCAGCCGCCGAGGCUCUGUUCCUCACUGGAGACUUCAAUGGCUGGGAUAACUUUUCACAUCCCUACACUAAAAAGGAGUUUGGGAAAUGGGAGCUGCACAUACCCCCAAAAGAGGACAAGACACCUGCUGUCGCUCAUAACUCCAAGCUGAAGGUGGUUGUUCACACCAGUGCAGGUGAGCGACUGUUCCGAAUCUCACCUUGGGCAAAGUAUGUGACCAGGCAUGAGAAGUCCGUCAUCUAUGAUUGGGUACAUUGGGACCCUCCUCAACCUUACAUUCACAAGCACCCUCGUCCACAGAAGCCCAGGAGCCUACGGAUAUACGAGUCCCAUGUUGGCAUUGCAUCUCCGGAGGGCAAAGUGGCAUCCUACAGCAACUUUACACACAACGUGCUGCCUAGAAUCAAAGAUCUUGGUUAUAACUGUAUUCAGCUAAUGGCGAUCAUGGAGCAUGCCUACUACGCUAGCUUCGGUUACCAGGUCACCAGUUUCUUCGCAGCAUCAAGUCGUUGCGGCACCCCAGAGGAACUCAAGGAGCUGAUUGACGUGGCUCACUCUCUGGGUAUCAUCGUCCUGCUCGAUGUGGUGCACAGCCACGCAUCCAAGAACACAGAGGACGGGCUGAACCGCUUUGACGGCUCUGACUCCUGUUUCUUCCACAGCGGGCCCCGUGGGGAACACAGCCUCUGGGACAGCAGACUCUUCAACUACUCUGGCUGGGAGGUGUUGCGAUUUCUCCUGUCAAACCUGCGCUGGUGGAUGGAGGAGUACAGAUUUGAUGGAUUCAGGUUUGACGGAGUGUCAUCUAUGCUCUACCAUCAUCACGGGAUCGGAUCAGGAUUUUCCGGGGAUUAUGCUGAAUACUUUGGACUCCAGGUAGACGAGGAUUCUCUUGUCUACCUCAUGUUGGCAAACCAUAUUUUGCACACCCUCUAUGAAGACUGCAUCACUAUUGCAGAGGAUGUGUCCGGUAUGCCCACCCUUUGCUGUCCAGUCCAAGAAGGAGGUCUGGGUUUCGACUAUCGCCUGGCCAUGGCCAUUCCAGACAAAUGGAUUCAAAUCCUUAAGGAGUUCAAGGACGAAGAUUGGAACAUGGGAAACAUUGUGUUCACGAUGACCAACAGGCGAUACGGCGAGAAAUGCAUCGCUUACGCUGAAAGCCACGACCAGGUACUGCUGUCCGGAAACCUCCAUUCCUCCAGUGUUUAUAACCCCAUCAGACCUAAACCAGUGCAGAAAGAUUCUCUGGAGACUGAAUGCAAUGAGUUCGGCCAUCCAGAAUGGCUGGAUUUUCCCCGAGUCGGCAACAAUGAGAGUUAUCAUUACGCCCGCCGGCAGUUCAACCUCGUAGACACGGAUCACCUGCGUUACUGGCAGCUGUACGCUUUCGACCGAGACAUGAACCGCACGGAGGACAAGUACGGCUGGCUGGCUGCUUCCCCGGCUUACAUCAGCGUCAAACACGAGGGAGACAAGGUGAUCGUCUUCGAGAGGGCCAACGUCAUCUUCAUCUUCAACUUCCACCCAACCAACAGCUACAGCAACUACAGAGUGGCAGCGGGGCCGCCGGGGAAAUAUAAGAUCAAACUGGACUCGGAUGGAAUCCAGUAUGGAGGCCAUGGCAGACUGGACCACAACACCGAGUUCUUCACGGAGCCAAUGGAAUUCAACAAUCUGCCCAACUCCAUGUUGGUUUACAUUCCCUGCAGAACUGCUAUUGUUCUGGUCAACGAGGAAAUCGAUUACUGCUACUGAAACACAAUCAGCGAUUCACCGCGAGAUGGAAACCCAGCACACUUCUGUGACUCAACCGACCUCCGUUCACAGCGUGUUUGCCAUCAUCCUUUAGAAAGCCCACGUUUUCCCGAGAAUUGAGUACAAGAUGUUAUGAAUACCUUCUACCCCAUUUUUGUCAUUUUUUUCUGUCAUUGAUCACACAUCAUUGAUUAUCAAGAAUUAGUUUCUCAAUAUCCCGACUUGUGGUUAGAUCAUUGCCAGAUUUUUUACCUGAUCAAGAAUACUUGUUAAUUACUACUGAAAUUGCUAUUUAACAGUGAAUAAUUAAUGUUGAGGUUAAAUAAUCACUUUGACUGUGGUCAGUAUUAUAAGCAAUAUUAGUCAGCACUGUAUUUAUAAUACUGUAAUUGUGAAAAGUAAAUAUAAUUACAUAAGUUUGAUCUUUCUGCUAUUUUAAUUUGACACAAGCUUUUUUUGACAUUCUGUGUCAGUGAUUUAACUUCUGUAUAUUUAUGUGCACCAUGUAUUCAUUUGUCCAAGUAAAAAAAAAAAAGAUGUUACAUACUUUAUUUUCCUGACAGGCUGGUUUUCAGUGCCUUUCAAACUGUUCAAUCAUAACCAGGUUUUGAUGAAUAUUAAUUUGACUAAAUAAGAAAUUAUUUUGAUUAAUUUAUCAUAUUAAAGCUGAGAUAAUAUAACUUGUGCUAAUAGGCUACUAAAUAUUAAUACAUUUUCAGUUAAAGACAGUCGUGCUAUUUCACUGUCCAGCAUUUUACUUUUUAAGCAUCUUUUAUAAUAUACAACAACAACAGCUUAUCCCUGAGAGCCAAAAGUCUGUGUGUGAAAAUAUAUAUCCAAAUUAUUAUAAUCCUGAAACUGCUCUCCUCAAGACAUCAUUGGACACAUCUGUUGCUCAUUUUCUCCGGUCUUCUUGUUUUGUGGUUCGAAGAAAUCUAAAUUUGCCCUCAAUGGAUUUGAUGCUCACAUAGAUAUACAGUAUUUGGUAGCAUAAUCUGUCGAGAAACGGCUUUCCAGAAACCAUCUUGAAUGAAGAUUCAUCCUCACUGCUUCAUUUGGUUAUUAUGAAAAUAUUAAACGCAUUUAAUAUCGCAUAAAAAUAAUGCAUUAAAACAGUCCGAUUCAUAAGUUUGGAAGGUCCUUGUGAUGGUCAACAAAUAUUUGUGUGCAAAGUUUGUGUGUGGAAGCCAUAAUAAAAUGAAAUAAACUACUUCUGAAAGAAA